AUGGCUUCGCACCAGCACCCGAACCUUCCCCUCCCCGACUAUUUCUCAAAGUUUGCCGGCAUCUACGUUCGACAGACGGGUCAAUCAACACUCAACAUUCUUGCUGAUGUCAUCACCGAACAUGUCCAGACAUCUGUACUCCCCAUCAGCGCUGACUCGGUGGUUCACGACACUGCGUCGGGGCCAGGCAUCGGCGCUGUGGCGCUAGUCGCGCGCUUACCCAGGAACCAGCUGCCGAGGGAGAUGCUGGUCUCAGACAACAAUGCGAUGAUGGUGUCAGCGGCGCAGGAGUCACUACAAGCCUCGGCGCUCCCCCACGUGGAGUGCCGGGAGCUCGACGCCCAGCUGCUUCAGUCGGUGCCAGAUAACCACUUUACGCACUCCAUCAACAACUUUAGCAUUUUUACCUUUACGCGCCCAGCCCAUGCUGUCCGCGAGACCUACCGCACCCUGCGCCCCGGCGGCCUCGCCGUAAUUACUUGCUGGCGUCGCUUUGCGCCCAUGUUUAUUGUGCACGCCGCCCAGAAAAAGAUUCGCCCCGACUUGCCGCUCAUGCCAACGCCGGGCCCAGAGUUUUUCGAGGAGGGCGUCUUGCAACAGGUAGUCGAAGAAGGGGGGUUCGCCAAGGACAAUAUUACAGUCGUCGAGAAGGCGCUGCUUGUCUCGGACGGGGAGAAUGUAGCUGGGCUUACUGCGCUCAUGUCUGGUCCCAUGAUGAGCAAGGCGCGGGAGGGGUAUACGGAGGAUGAGGAAGCCAGGUGGGCCGAGUCUAUCGGCCAAUCUGUCAAGGAAGAGGUCGAUCAAUUUGGUGGUAUCCGGUUCGAGGCCUAUGUUCUGUUGGCUACCAAGUAA